AUGCCGGCUCGCAUACAGUCGCGUGGUCUGGAAGAAGUCCGACGUGACGACUCGUCUGUUUAUAGCAGCAUCGACUCAGAACCACGCAGACAGAGACAAGAGCAAACAUACGGAUUUGAGGUUGUGGAGGACAUUGAGAGUUUAAUGUUCGACCCAAUGUCGUUAAUAGUACAGCUCAAACAGAAGAAAGCAAGUAUCCCAAAAUUGUUCGAGAUGAAGGUGCGGGUGAUAACACAGGCUAUAUACCACCCGUCUAUCGAGAAUUCCGAACUACUGAUUGACGCACUGGACGCUAUACGCAAUGAGGGUGUUAUAUCCCAACGUCAGCGUGACAGACUACUGAUAUCGAUUAUCGCCUACGGCAAAGACGCGACCAUGAAGCGACUAGAGGCCGGCACGUUGGAUCGACCGCUGAACAUCUACGCGAAGAGUUCACGGAAGAAGCCGGGCAAUAAUAAAACGUCAAAGAAGUCCUACGAUCAGAGAAAUGGCAACUCGAACCAACAAUCGAACAAUAACAAAGGGAAGAAGUCUUAUAAUAAUAAGAACAGAAGAAACAGCUAUAAGACGACUGAGGCCACCAAUAAUUGGACAGAGACAUCCACUAGGAUGUAG